AUGAAGGUGGAAGAGGAGAAGGCUGGGGUCGGAAAGCUGGAUCCUACAGUCUACAGGAGGAGACAGCCAGGUCAAGAUUUUCCUUCAAUACAUAUUGGAUUUCCAGUCCCCAGUUACACACAAAGGAAAAGUGACUCAAAGGGACAUCUUCCAGGCCUACAAAAAGUCCAGUGGGCUUUGCAGCCGGACAAACCACAGCAGGAGCUGGCUGGCCCAGGGGUCAGGGCCAGUGGCCAGGGAGGCGGCGUGGAUCUUACCAAAAGGACUCGGUCUCCGGCUGCUGAGCAGCUGCAGGACAUCCUGGGGGAGGAAGAUGAGGCUCCCAACCCCACCCUCUUCACAGAGAUGGACACUCUACAGCAUGAUGGGGACCAGAUGGAAUGGAAGGAGUCAGCCAGGUGGAUAAAAUUCGAAGAAAAGGUGGAGGAAGGAGGAGAACGCUGGAGCAAGCCCCACGUGUCCACACUGUCCCUGCACAGCCUCUUCGAGCUCCGCACCUGCCUGCAGACGGGGACAGUGCUGCUGGACCUGGACAGCGGCUCCCUGCCACAGAUCAUAGAUGACGUCAUUGAGAAGCAGAUAGAGGACGGGCUUCUACGACCAGAGCUCCGGGAAAGGGUCAGCUACGUGCUCCUGAGGAAGCAUCGUCACCAAACCAAGAAGCCCAUCCACCGCUCCCUUGCAGACAUUGGGAAGUCGGUGUCCACUACAAAUCGCAGCUCUGCCAGGAGCCCCUCGGCAGGCCCAGCUCUGCACCGUUCCACUGAGGACCUGAGGAUUCGGCACAACACCAGCUACGGACAUCUGUGUCACGCCCAGAGUAGAAGCAUGAACGACAUCUUUCACACCCCAAACACAGACCAGCGGAGAAACAAAUUCAUGAAGAAGAUCCCCAAGGACUCAGAAGCCUCCAAUGUGCUCGUGGGCGAGGUGGACUUCCUGGACCAGCCAUUCAUUGCAUUUGUUCGUCUUGUCCAGUCUGCCAUGCUGGGAGGGGUGACAGAAGUGCCUGUCCCCACCAGGUUUCUGUUCAUUCUUCUAGGACCUUCUGGGAGAGCAAAGUCCUAUAAUGAGAUUGGCCGAGCCAUUGCAACCCUCAUGGUGGAUGAUCUCUUCAGCGACGUGGCUUAUAAAGCCCGGAACCGAGAAGACCUCAUUGCAGGAAUUGAUGAAUUUCUAGAUGAGGUCAUUGUCCUUCCCCCUGGAGAAUGGGAUCCAAACAUCAGAAUUGAGCCACCCAAGAAAGUUCCCUCGGCUGACAAGAGGAAAUCUGUGUUCUCUUUGGCAGAGCUGGGCCAGAUGAACGGCUCUGCGGGCGGAGGCGGUGCCUCGGCUGGCGGAGGUGGCGGUGGCGGAGGGGCAGGAGGCAGCGGGGCCGGCGGAGUGGGCAGUGGAGACGAGGCUGAGAUGCCAGCAGUGCAUGAAAUCGGGGAGGAGCUGAUCUGGACCGGAAGGUUCUUUGGGGGACUAUGCCUGGACGUCAAGCGGAAGCUGCCCUGGUUCCCAAGUGACUUCUAUGACGGCUUCCACAUCCAGUCCAUCUCCGCAGUUCUGUUCAUCUACCUGGGCUGUAUCACCAAUGCCAUCACCUUUGGUGGACUUCUGGGGGAUGCCACGGACAAUUAUCAGGGAGUAAUGGAGAGCUUCCUGGGCACCGCCAUGGCUGGUGCCUUGUUCUGCCUCUUCUCGGGGCAGCCCCUCAUCAUCCUCAGCAGCACGGGGCCCAUUCUCAUCUUCGAGAAGCUCCUUUUUGACUUCAGCAAGGCCAAUGGCCUGGACUACAUGGAGUUCCGCCUCUGGAUAGGCCUGCACUCAGCCAUCCAGUGCCUUAUCCUGGUGGCCACAGAUGCCAGCUUUAUCAUCAAGUAUAUCACCCGCUUCACCGAAGAGGGCUUCUCCACCCUCAUCAGCUUCAUCUUCAUCUACGACGCCAUCAAAAAGAUGAUUGGUGCCUUCAGCUACUAUCCCAUUAACACGGACUUCAAGCCUGACUCCAUCACCACCUACAGAUGCGAGUGUGUGGCUCCUGACACAGUGAACACAACCACGGUCAAUGCUUCAGCCCUGCUGCCACCAAACACCAACACAUCUCUGUACACCCCCCUUAACCUCACAGCGCUGGAUUGGUCCCUGCUGAGCAAGAAAGAGUGUCUGAGCUAUGGUGGGCGCCUGCUCGGGAACUCCUGCCGGUUCAUCCCAGACCUGGCCCUCAUGUCCUUCAUCCUUUUCUUUGGGACUUAUUCCAUGACCUUGACCCUGAAGAAAUUCAAAUUCAGCCGCUACUUUCCUACCAAGGUCCGGACCCUGGUGGCUGACUUCUCCAUUGUUUUCUCCAUCUUGCUGUUUUGUGGCAUCGACGCCUGUUUUGGCCUGCAAACCCCCAAGCUGCAUGUGCCUAACGUCAUCAAGCCCACACGGCCUGAUCGAGGCUGGUUUGUUGCUCCUUUUGGGAAGAACCCUUGGUGGGUGUACCCUGCAAGCAUCCUGCCCGCCCUGCUGGUGACCAUCCUGAUCUUCAUGGACCAGCAGAUCACAGCUGUCAUUGUCAACCGGAAGGAGAACAAGCUGAAGAAGGCCGCGGGCUACCAUCUGGACCUGUUCUGGGUGGGCAUCCUCAUGGCCCUGUGCUCCUUCACGGGGCUCCCCUGGUAUGUGGCUGCCACAGUCAUCUCCAUCGCCCACAUCGACAGCCUCAAGAUGGAGACGGAGACCAGUGCCCCGGGGGAGCAGCCUCAGUUCCUGGGAGUCAGGGAGCAGAGAGUGACUGGCAUCAUGGUCUUCAUCCUGACAGGCAUCUCCGUCUUCCUGGCUCCAAUUCUAAAGUACAUCCCUAUGCCCGUGCUCUAUGGAGUCUUCCUCUACAUGGGUGUAGCCUCGCUGAACGGCAUCCAGUUCUGGGAACGCUGCAAGCUUUUCCUCAUGCCAGCCAAGCACCAGCCGGACCACGCCUUCCUGCGCCAUGUGCCCCUUCGCCGGAUCCACCUGUUCACCCUGGUGCAGAUCCUCUGCCUGGCACUGCUCUGGAUCCUCAAAUCAACCAUGGCUGCCAUCAUCUUCCCGGUCAUGAUCCUGGGCCUUAUCAUUGUUCGAAGGCUCCUGGACUUGAUUUUCUCCCAGCAUGACCUGGCCUGGAUUGACAACAUCCUCCCAGAGAAGGAGAAACAGGAGACAGACAAGAAGAAGAAGAGAAGGAAAGGGGUCCUUGAAAACACUGAUGAGGAGCCCCAGUUCCUUCCUCCCUCACUUAUAAAGAUCCCCAUGGAAAGUGUCCCAUCCGACCCCCAAAACGGUAUCCACUGCAUUGCCAGAAAAAGAUCUUCCAGUUGGAGUUACUCAUUCUGACUCUUCCUUCAGUGGCUCGGAACUGGAUCGAAGCAUCACCUUGCACUUCAAAAUCGCUUGUCCGGCUUCACCUGCCUUCAGUUACUCACAGAGUCCAGUCUUCAUGGUGCCGCAGGUGAAGAUAGAGAUGGAGCCUGACCUUGACUUCACAGACACUGAGGACUAUGGGAGAAAGGUGGGCGGGGAGACCACGCUCUAGCCCAGCACUGCUCUUCCCAGCUGGGGACAGCGUGAAGGCUGGCCCGGGCUCCAUCUAGAGCUUGUCAAGCCCUUCACUUGUUUCUUUACCCACUGGAGGCCUAUCCGUGACAUCCAACAUAAUCAUGAAGUUCUCCUCUUCCCUUUGCAGUUAUUAAAAUACCCAAAACAGAACCAUAUGGCUUAAAAUGCUACCCAGCAUAGAUAUAACCUUUCUUCUGAAAUGAACAAAAAAUGUUCUCCAAAGUUACAAGUACGAUACAUGGGCAGUGGUAGGCUUGUAUUUAAAGUAUAUAUUGACUUAGUAUCUUCUACUUAUUUACCAAUUUAGCAUCUUUUAGAGGUUAGAUUGAAAUCUAAAUACCUUGAAGGUCUGAGUGUGUUCUGCAGGCUUACACGUUAGAAAGUGGCUGAGAGUUGUCUUUUCGCCUCGUUCUGCCUGGAGUCCUCUGUACAGCAGGCCUGACUCUGGAAGUGUGGCUGGGCCUUCCACACACUGAAUGGCCAGUCCCAAAAUUAUUCACGGAACUCGUGUAUCGGUGCAUUGCUUAUCUUUGAGAUAGGUGCUCACUGAGGACCCUCAGAUGUCCUGGAACUCCCUAUGUAGACCAGGCUGGCCCCAGAACUCAGAGCUCCACCUGUCUCUGGGAUUGAUUAAAGGCAUGUGCUUCUCGACUGGCUUGCUUUAGACAAAAUAGUGCUUGUUAACUGAACUCUUAAGCCGCAUUAGGUCAACCAAAUAACCGUUUAUGCUCGCCAGUGGCCUCAUAACCUGGAGUCCACUUUUUGAUGCAUCUGAGUAGGUUCCCUCCUUCCUCUCCCACAACAACUUUGCAAUAGCUAAGGCCCAAAUUUCUCAGCAACAUUGCCUGUUAGGCAGCUCAUGUUUGUAAUAGCUACUUUAUGCAAGUGGUCAGAAGAACCCCAUCCCAAAUGGGGUAUGACAGCCCAGUUCUCCGGUGAUCUAAACCCAUUCCACGAUAAAACUGUUUGUCUUCCUGUGCCAGUCCUGAGAGAGCCAACGGCCAAGUUUCAAAGCUUCACUGGUCUGUAGCAGCCCUCAAUCCAGAUUGAACUGUAGCACUGUUACAGAUUCAGAGGGAAGUGUGCUUCAUUAAUCAAACGAGCUGAGAAGCCAGUUAGCUUUUAAAAGGUUGAUGUAAAUUGAUCCAUGUAAUUUUCACCUUAAAUAUCACUUGUAUUUUGUAUAUACAUGAGCAUUUAAACUCAGCAGCCUUUAACAUGUUGGCAUAUGACUUCUCCGUAAAUGGCACUUAAAUAAAAUAUAAUUGUGUCUGCUUAUCUUACGCCAUGUUUUAAUAACUCAAGGACAUCUACAGGCAUGUACCAUACCUGACUUACA